CGAGGAUAUCCAUUUACCUCUGCCGCUAUCGUGGCUUGCCUCUUGCAGCAUCGCAGAUCUACUUUGGUUUAUGCACAACAUAGCCUCAGCAGUGAACAUGGCACAAUCCUCCUUCUCAUUGGCGUCACGGACUAAGCUUCCUAAUGGCUUAUCAAUGCCAACGAUUCAUCUCGGCGUCUAUUUGACGUCCGGGAAAGAGACUUAUCAAGCCGUCCGAUGGGCGUUGGAGGCUGGCUACCGAGCAGUCGACUCAGCUCAGAUGUACCAUAACGAGAAAGAGACCGGAAAAGCCAUCUCGGACUUUCUCUCAAGUGAUGCAAACACAGACUCUCUCAAACGCGAAGACAUCCACUUUACUUCCAAGUUGGCAUCCAACUCCGCAUACGAGACGGCCCGCAAAGCUAUUAAGAGAUCAGUCAAGGAAGCAGGUCUUGGCUACAUCGACCUGUUCCUGCUACAUUCUCCAUAUGGAGGCAAGCAAGCGCGUCUUGAUAGCUGGCGAGCGGUGGAGGACGCAAUUCACGACGGCGAAGUCAAGACUGGAGGCGUCUCCAAUUAUGGAGUCAAACAUCUGCAAGAAUUAUUGGACUCGAAUCCUACGAUACCUCCAGCGGUUAAUCAGAUCGAGGUUCACCCGUUCAACACACGGAAGGAUAUUACUUCCUUUUGCCAACAGCAUAACAUUGUUGUAGAGGCAUACGCGCCCCUCGUCCGAGCCUUGCGGAUGAAGCACCCCAAAAUUGUAUCCCUGUCCAAGAAAUACAAUUGCACUCCGGGCCAACUGUUGGUCCGCUGGAGCCUACAGCACGGCUAUGUGCCGCUGCCUAAGAGUGUGAAGAAGGAGCGAAUCAUCGAGAACUCGGAGGUUGGAGGCUUCGAAAUCGAGGAUGGCGAUAUGGAGACGAUGGACGGAUUGGACGAGUAUCUCGUGACCGAUUGGGAUCCUACCGAUUGCGAUUGAGUGUGGAGGCGGAGAAUCCGCGCGUGGGGGUGCCAGCUUAUGAAAGGUGGGAGCAUCGCCCUCUUCACGGUUAAAAAAAACCAAUGUGAUAUUCUAUGCGUAUAUUCGAUGCAUGACUAUGCAAACCUCAAUAUGCUACUACUUGGG